AUGGCCACUGACCUCUUUUCAGGAAGCGUGAGUAUUAGCACACACGCCUUUGCUAGUAGCUCUAUACCGGGUCCUUCGAUGACUCUGGAGGACAAUGCUGCUUUCGCAUUACCUUCUCCCAGAAUACCUGGCAUUACGCGGCCGACCACUGUACACUCACAAGAUAAUUAUCCCGCCUCUACGUUCACCGUAGACUCGCCAACGACUUCAAGACGUGCUAUCAUGGAGAGCCCAUUCACAGAAAUACGUUCUGUGCAGAUACCUAUUUCGCCUUCUAGCCCCCAUGCGACAUCCACGCCGCCGACCAUGUCGCGAAGCCACUCUCAAAGAACGGAUAUCAUGACUAAUGAGACUCUCGAUACAAGUGCGACCGCUCUGAGCAACAGGCCUUUCUCCGUUACAGAUGCCGCGAAUCAGGAGCUGUCUCGUCAAUCCCUUGAUAUGACAUCCGCUGCCAGUCGAAUCAGUCGGAAUGAUGAAAUGAGUCUUACGACGUAUUUACCUAGCGCAUACUACUCAAGCUCGGCCAGUACUGCCUCCGAAAUUGUAGUGGAUAGCACGCUGUCCCUGGGGCAAUCAAGCCUAGAUACUGAGAAUUCCCAGUUAAAUAGCGAACUGAUAAUCUCGGUAACCCCGACUGCUCAGGAGAGCGUUUCACAUGUGGAGAGUCAGUAUGCUAAAACCAGUGAGAUGGGCAGCACUGGUCUCGGUUCUCUUACUGUGGAUAGCGUGAAUUUAUCCACACUGGCAGCGAGCAGGCCUGAUGAGAGAAGUGACGACUUUGAGCUACCCAGCUCCAUGGCUGUGUCUUCCAUGAGAGCGGAAUCUUCCGCGCAGAGAAUUACUGAGCAGCCAAUUACAAUGAGCGCUCCUAGAAUCAACGCCUCACAACCUGGGACAAGGAAGAUGUCCAGUGGGACUCCCAGUCGGGGUGUCGACGAGACAGCAAGCGGUUCUGUUUCUCAGGAAGGCACUGCGAGCGGUUCCAGUAGGAGUGGUUUCUCCCGGGAGCUAUCCUCGACCACGACGCUCGGUGGCUGGAAUACUGGUGAGAUUACGUUUUCCACUCGCGAUGAAAGCGUGGCCGCUACGAGAACAAGAACCUCUUCCAUUGCAGAUACUGUAAGCGAUGGAUCGGCUCAUCAAUCACUUGAUGGGACAUCCGUUGCAAGCCGAAUCAGCCCAACCAGCGAAAUGGGUAGCACGACGGGCUUAUCUAGCGCAUACUACCGAAGUCCGGCCAGUAGUGCUCAUGGAACUCUCGGUGGCAGCACACUGUCUCAAGGACAGCCAAGCCGAAGUUCUGCACCUCCGACCUCAGAUGAUGAACCGAUAAUUUCUACAACGGAUAUUGUCCGAAGCGAAAUCCCUUCGCUCGUGGAUAGCCAGCUGACUACCACCAGCAAGCUGGAAAACAAUCGCGUGGUUGCUCCUAUCGGUAAUGAGAAUGAGCCCACGUCAAUGGCGAGCAAGCUUAGUGAAACAAGUGACUUUGAAGAAAAAUCGCUGUCAAGUGUCUCCACAGCAGCAGGAUCUUGGACGCCAGGAAUCUCUGUGCAGUUGGUUACAAUGGGCACCUCGCCUGAUAAUAUCUCCGAGCUCUUUGAGUCAGCGAACCGCUCCUUAAGCCGGGAAGGCGGAGCCGAAAAUGGUCAGACUCCUAAAGGUACUGCCACGAGCGGUGCUAGUAUCAGUGCCUCAGUGGGAGAAGAAUCCUCAGUUGCUACGCUAAGCCACUCGAGUACUACCUUUGAAAACUUCGUCGUGACUACAGUUAAGCAUUUAAAUGAAGAAAACAGCGAAGCUAUAUCCCUUCAGCUGGCAACAGUUAGCCGGCCAUCCCGCCUAGACCGAGGAGGACGGCUCACCGGCGGCCACCCUACAGGGAAUACUACGCAUAUACAGAACGACCACCCCAUUGUGCCGACUCAGCCAACCCAACCAUCUCAAUCUGCAGAGUAUGAGGACUUCCGGGUAACUGUCCUUCUGAGUCCAUCAUCGCAUAACAGUAUAGCCAAUCUAUCCCCUCCGUCGUCGCUAUCAAUGCAUCUGCAUGCCUUGACAAAACCUAUCCCAACGCGAUCUGACUCUACUCUGUUGAUUCCGGGGGAUUGCCAGCCGCACUAUCAUGGGAACACAGCCACCCUAGAGACCUUCAAUCAGUCACUUCCACUCAAGUACAGAGUCACGAAUCACUGUCCAAUGCUGGUACUCGUACCGCUCGGCCGACUGGUGGGGACUCAGAUGCUGUAUAUCAGGCAUCACAAUCGCUCAGUGUGA